AUGGUGAUCCUGUACAUGAACGACUGCUAUAACAACGUCUACGACAAUUACCUCAAAUUUAAUCAGACGGUCAUUGGAGAUAUUAUUAAGAGAGUGGACGAUUUGCAAAAAGUGGCCUGUUUGUCUUCUGACGAACAGGAAAACAUGGCGUUUCAGGUCAAAACUGUUGAGGAAGAAUAUCGAAUCAAAACCAGACUGAAUGCGCUUGUAUGUCAAGAAGACCCAUUUGAAGAGGAGAAAAAAGAUGAUGAUGACAAUAACAAAGAUGGCGAUAACGGAAAAGGAGAUGAAAAAAUGGAAGACGACAAGAAAGAUGGUGAUACCAAGAAAGAAGACAAUGAAAAGAAUGACGUCGAUGAUAAAAAAGAUGGCGACAAGGAAAAGAAAAUAGAUGCCGAGAAAGAGAAAGAAACCAAUGGACGGGAAUCGGAAAACGACAACGAAGAAGAGGAAGAAGACGAAACGGAAGUGGAUCUCUUUGUGGAUUUGUCUGGUUUCCGUUGGACAGCAGCGAAUGCUCUAGGCUCUAUGACAAUGAUCAACACAGAGGAGCCUUACUCCGCCCAUGAUGGAAAUGGGUGCCCGAAUAACCACGCCCAUAUCAUGAGGACGGACAGUGUGGAAAUGAUGGAGACAACAAUGUUACAACCAAAAACUUGA